CACCCGCAGCCACAACCCCCUCCAGGAUCCCACCGUCGACCAUCCCCAUGUCGACCCCAACGCUCAGGUCCGUCUUUCCUCUCGCUUGAUCCCACCGUCCUCCUCACCUCAUCCUCGUGCUCGUCGCUCUUCCCUGCACUGCGCGGAUCGUGGACUGGACUGUCCAGUCACUUAAUCAGGCGCUGGACCCACAUCUUUCCCAAGUCGGCCUUGACUCGAGGCAACACUAUCAUUACUCCCCCGCGCACAUCAUCUCCCAAGAUCACGGCAGCCAGGCACAUCGCUCUGAUCACCUCAAUUUCUACCCAACCACGCAUGAGCUGUCCGCACAGUCCGUCGAUCGGCAACAGACAUCGUCCGCGCCGAAGCGAAAGCAGGUGGAGACCCCCUAUGGCCCCAGCGCUGGCAAGAAACGCAGACAGGGGGACGGCGAUUUCGAUGCCGACCCAGAUGUAGAUAACCCUGACGGAGACGACGGCGGCGGCGGGUCGGGCGCUAGGCAUUGGACAGACGAGGAGAAAACGAAGCUGUUCAAUUGGCUCAUGGGUCCGGGGGAGGACGAGCACUUCGAUGCUCUUCGGACGAAGAAGAACACUUGCUUUCGAGACUGCGCGCUCGAUGCCUUUGGAGGACGGAAGACGUUCCUCGCCGUCAAGGGCUGCUAUGAGCGCAAUUUCGUAGUCUUCAAGCAGAUAUAUGCAUUCGAAACUUUCACGACCCACAUGCAACACAACAACGUCGACUCUGAGAGCGAGGUCGAUAGGUUGAGGGAGUAUGAGCGGCGUAUCUACGCGGCUCGAAAAGCUGGCUUCCAUGUUGGCAACCUAUCGUCGCGGAUCCUCGAUCACUGGCACCGCAUGGGAUGGUACAACGUCUUUUUCCAAAGAUGGAACGGUGAUCCUGGCGUACGUCGUCCUCCUGGCCGCGCACGCACUAUGGGUCCUCCCUCCACAGUUCCAAUGCUCACUCAAGUACCCGAAGAGCCCCAUAUCGAGCCUAUCAUUCGCAACGAGGGGCUGCCCGUUCAUGACCACGCCGUUGCUGGGCCAUCUCAUGAACGUACUUAUGAACAUGAUCACCAUUCCUCCGCCUAUCCUACUCAUGAUCCUGGCGAGUCGAUGCCCUCACCACCCCAUACGCCUAGCACGGUCCCCGCCAGCCAGCAAUACGCCGGGGCACACGGGUAUGCCGUCUCAACUGCGGCAGGGCCAACCACGGUCCCUGGUCCUGUAGACCAGAACAUGGCGAACUUCGCGACCAUGGCGCAAACGAUGAUGUCCGCUUGCAUGAGGCUUCUCCAAGCCCAGUCCGAGGACAGCAAGAUCCGCCUCGAGUAUCUUCGCAGGCGAGAGGAGAGGGAGGAAGUGGAAAGUCGCGUGCGCGCCGAGGCAGAGAAGCAACGCCAAGAGAGGGAAGCGUCAGAAUGGGAGCGUUUACAGCGCGACGCAAAGGUGAAACAGCGGUCCGAGCUCGCCACCGAGCUGUUGUCCAAUCCCAGCGUGGAUGGAGGCGUCCGACAGGCGGCCGGGGAAUAUUUGAAGAAACUGUUCGCAAACGACUGAUUGAUGAUGGACUCUGUGGGCUCCGUAGGUUUGGGGUUGUAAAGUGAGUUUGUGUACUGUUCGAACAUCUGGAGGGGGGUCUAUCAGGUGACUGUUACAACGAAGUCUGUAGCAUACGCCUUGUCAUUUCUCUUCCUCGUGCGCUUGGUUUGUUUGUUUCUUCUAGGGCAGGGACACAUACUAUGAUGUGUAAUGACGCACUAACGACAGCUUUCGGAGGAC